GUUAGGUUGCCACCAAAUUUUGCAGAUACAUGCGGCUCGGCUUCUGCUUCUUUCUUCUAGCAUAUAUUCAUAUAUUAACGCACUUCCUUUAUUCACAAUCUUUUAACACAUUGCCGUUCUUCUUUGCAUUGAGGCUCUGAGAGUGAAGCUGUUGUCGGCCAUUGUUGAAGCAUUGUCAUUUCACUUGAAAUGGUUGUUUCUUCGUGGAUCCAUGAGCCGGAACUGAGCUUCCAAAAUGCCAACAGCUUUUGAGAAAUAAUCUGAAUUUCAAGCAAAACAAGGCUGCCGGAGAAAGAGAGGGCCAAGAGCAUGUGUUCCACAGUACACGUAAUGGACAGAAUAAAGCUCCACUUGGGCAGCAGUUCUCCAUCCUUUAAUUUAACAACACCCAGCGAAGAUGAUUUCGCUGAAUGGUGCUUCACGCUUGCUUUUGUGGGUCGUUUGUUUGCUUAUUUUGCAGCUUUAGCAUUUCUGGCGGUUGUUAUGUUUAUGGUUAUGAAGUACAUUGAAAACUUUGGCGAGGAGAGGGCCACAGGGGAAGUGGGAGCAACCGAAACAAGCCCGUUAUGGCCAGGAAAGACGGCGCAAUUCACGUAUGGAACUUGUGAUGGAGAUUUGGAAUCAGGAAAUUGUACAAGCAGUGGCGGCGCCAGUAGCAGCAGCAGCAGCAAUAGUAAUUCCUCGGAGGAUUUGUACGAUAAAAAAGUAUGCGUAAUUUGCUACGAUGAGCAACGUAAUUGUUUCUUUGUUCCUUGUGGCCACUGCGCUACCUGCCAUGUAUGUGCUCAAAGGAUUUUUAAUGGAGAAAACAAGACGUGCCCAGUGUGUCGAAGAUUGAUUGGCAAAGUAAGAAAACUUAUUGCCCCUCAGGAUUAAACUUUUUUUUUUUCCUUUAUUUUGGGUGAACAAAUACAUGUACGUUUUGGAAGAGGAUUAGUUUGCAUAUUAACAAAGUGGGAAAAGUGAGUGUACAUGUGAAGGGCCCAAUAGAGAUGGUUUAAUUCAGGCCCAGCCUAAUAAUAUCAGCCCAUUGAAACCAAUCGAGACCAACAGCCCCAUCAACCACAUGGACGCACAUUAUGGGCCGUUACAAUCAGUUUUAUAGUUUUGUCGGCAGAAUUUCUACUCACUUGUUCCAUCGCAUUCUCGACGGACUUUGAAAAGGGCGUGCUUUGGUAGCAUCAUUUGGUUAGUUAUCAUCUUUAUUUUAUAGCUCGUGACAUUUACCUAAUCCUACUACCUAACUUUCUUAAAAAAAAAAACCCACUACCUAACUUUCUUGUUAAUUUCAACGUACAGCUUUUAGAGCAUGGAACAUGUAGUACAGUGGUACAUUAGGACGAUGCUUUUCAUUAAUUUAGAACGUAUUUCUCUCAUCUUAUAUAUA